AGUUUGAGGGAGGCUCGAGACCCCCGACCCAGGACUAAUGCUCCCACAGAGGUCAGCCCGGUGGUUUGGUCCGGCCUGGCCUACCGGACCUUGCCCGAACUCCGUGGACUGCGGCUCAGCUGGGCUCCGGGCGCCGCCUCCUCCCAGCCCGCUGGGGGCUGCGGCGCUUCUGUGGGUGGGGAAGGCAGGACUGACGCAGAAUGACAACAGCAACACGACAAGAAGUUCUUGGCCUCUACCGCAGAAUUUUCAGGCUUGCGAGGAAAUGGCAGGCGGCAUCAGGGCAGAUGGAAGACACUGUUAAAGAAAAACAGUACAUAGUAAAUGAAGCCAGAAUGCUGUUCCAGAAAAAUAAAAAUCUCACAGACACAGACCUGAUUAAACAGUGUAUAGAUGAAUGCACAGCCAGGAUUGAAAUUGGACUGCAUUACCAGAUUCCUUAUCCAAGGCCAAUUCAUCUGCCUCCAAUGGGCCUUAUCCCACUACGAGGCCGGGGACUUCGAAGCCAGGAAAAAUUGAGGAAACUUUCCAAACCAGUAUAUCUCAAGUCUCAUGAUGAGGUUUCCUAGCCCAGAAGAAAGUAUAUUUCUCUGAAUGAGGAGCCACUAUUUCUUGAAUGUAAACCAGAUGACAAAACCCUUCUCCUUGAUUAGGGGCAAAAAUUCAAAUAUCUUCUUAAAAACCUCCAAAACAUUGGUACUCACCCCAUGAUGUAUGCUCACACAUCCCUACAGUUUAUCAGGGUCCUGCUGCCUGAGUGGACGGCACUAACCAUAGAGGUCAUGGACCUUACAUCCUCACUGAAGCAUCAUUUGGAAACAAGACUAAGAUUUGUGGGAGGAAGACUGAAGAACGACAGAGCUUUUCAUGGGAAUGCCAUUCACCAGACAUGCCAGCUGAU